GCGAUUUUUGGAAUUGCCCAAUAACAAAACUUCUUAUCAGAAACGAAAAUUCAUCGUUGGUCGGAAAAAAUUAAAUUAAAUGGUCAGGAAUAGAAAACAAAACAGUCAACAUGAAAAUUCCUCGAAACAAAAUUCAACUAAUUCGUCAUCAGAAAAAAAUAACAAUACAUCAACUACACACAAUAGUCAAGGAUCAUCACCACCUAGAAAGAAGAUGAUGUCUCUGUCAUCGUGGUAUGUUGCUGUUGGAAUCGCAAGCAUUGGGGUUGUGAUGUACUUUGUGUAUAUUGGAUAUUUGGAAACGAGAGUAAAUACGCCAAUUGAUGAGAAAAAAAUCGUGUCAAAAGAUCCAGACUCGGAGACUUAUUGGAAUACGUAUCGAGCAAAUACGUAUUUUGGACUUAAAACUAGAGAUCCACAUUCAGUUGUGUUCGGUCUAAUGUGGUAUUUUCCUCAUAUGCUUAAACAGAAUGGCGACGGUAUUAGACAUUGGUGUAAAUUAGAAGAUGGCUUAAAAAAGUACGGAUGGACACAACAUGAUGGAAAGAAUUUUGGUAUUCAGGAAAUACAUGACGAUGAUUUUCUCAUAACGACUUCCUUCAUCAAAUUCUAUACGAACAAGUUUGGUGGUGAAUGGACAGCACGAAUUAAUGUCCAACCAAAGAAUCCAAAUCGAACAGAUCCAAUGUCUUUAAUUUGGUACGCAGCUUUGGAUGAGAAAACGGAAGGAAAUUUGAAAGCUACUUAUUUAAAUACGUAUGGCAUUGAAGGUGAUGCAAAGAAUCUAGGAAACUUCAAAGUCAACUUACAUAGUACCCGAGGCAAAAUUAUUAAGCAAUCGUUCCUCAGUACAGUUGCACCGAGCCUGCAAUAUUUAAAAGAAACUGUCUUAUCAAAUUUGCGUCUAGCCAGCGAUAAAGUUACGAAGCAAAAGUUUAUUAUAUUAGCCGGUGAUACACUCGAUGAAACGACCAAACCUAAUUUUGUUGCUAUCCAAUUAAACGUUGAACUUCCAUUUACGUUAGAUAUAACUUUUCAAAAUACACCAAAUACUAGCUCUUUUUCUGAGGACCUUAUUCCAUUACCUGUUGCGGACGAUUAUACAAAACUAUUAGCUAAGAAAAGCACAGAGUUCCAAACGAGAUUUUCAGACGUGUUUCAAUUGAAGCAGAAAGGAUACAGCGAUGAGGAUAUUAAAGCAGCUGAAGCAGCAUUAUCGAAUAUGCUUGGAAGUAUCGGAUACUUUUAUGGAUCAUCUAAAGUUCAAAGCAUACACAAUAAAGGUCCAGUUCCCUAUUGGAAGGCUGCUUUGUUGUCAGCUGUUCCUUCACGUUCAUUCUUUCCCAGAGGAUUUCUAUGGGACGAAGGAUUUCAUGGCUUGUUAAUUUCAACAUGGGAUGUCGAUAUAGAAUUAGACAUCAUUAGUCAUUGGUUUGAUCUCAUUAACAUUGAAGGAUGGAUUCCGAGAGAGCAAAUUCUGGGCGUUGAAGCACUUGCCAAAGUUCCUGAACAAUUUGUCGUUCAACACAAUACGAAUGCCAAUCCUCCUACAUUCUUCAUUACACUUAAACACAUGCUUGACAAUUAUUUAGAAGAAAUGCUUAAAAGUAGGCGUUUAGCUGUUCUUGAAAGAUUAUAUCCUCGUCUGAAUGCUUGGUUCCAAUGGUUUAAUUCAACUCAACGUGGUGAAGUUUUAGGAACUUAUAGAUGGAGAGGUCGUCAAGAGAACAGCAUUCAUGAAUUAAAUCCAAAAACAUUAACUUCUGGACUUGAUGAUUUUCCUAGAUCGUCACAUCCAACCGAUUCUGAGAGACAUGUUGAUUUAAGAUGCUGGAUAGCAUUAGCAUCAAGUGUUAUGGUUCAGUUGGGUAAUAUGUUGGGAAAGAAUGUCGAAAAGUACGAAGAAACUUAUGAAUUCUUAACUGACAAUCAGCUCCUUCAAAGUCAACAUUAUUCAUCAAAAUCAAAAUCAUUUGCUGACUAUGGCUUGCACACAGAUUCCGUUUCACUUAAAAGACCCCCUCCUCCCCCGCCAAAUCCAAAUAAAAGUCCUUAUGAUAGACCACAAGUUCUUGAUAAGAUUCGCGUGGUAUAUGGCCAUCCUGAAUUGAAGCUUGUUGAUACGACAUUCGGCUAUGUAAACCUGUUUCCAUUUUUAUUGCAAAUUAUUGAGCCACACAAUCCAAUACUUGGCAUAACAUUGACAAAAAUGAGAGAUCCGGAUUUAAUAUGGACGAAUUAUGGAUUGAGGUCGUUAGCAAAGUCAUCUCCACUAUACAUGAAACGUAAUACCGAGCACGAUCCACCUUAUUGGCGCGGACAGAUUUGGAUCAACAUCAAUUACCUUGCACUAAGAAGUUUAUACUAUUAUAUGCAUCAAAAAGGUCCUUAUACGACACAAGCCAAAGAAGUUUAUACAGAACUAAGAAAUAAUGUUGUGGCAAAUGUCUUGAAGCAAUACAAGACUACAGGAUACAUUUGGGAGCAGUAUAGUGACCAAGGAAAAGGAAUGGGAUGUUAUCCAUUUACUGGAUGGUCAGCGCUCUUCGUCAUGAUUAUGUCAGAAAAAUAUUAAAAAAUAGUUGCUCAACUUGCAGUCAUCAUUUCCUUCAUAAACUGAAUUUUUUGAUUAAGAUAAAAAAAAAUAAUGUUAACGAUGUUUACGCGAAUCUAAUGUUUUGUAGAAUAUUGGAAGUUGUAGGAAAUGAGGAUAGAAAAAAUGGCCUAAUUAUUAUGAUCAAU